AUGCACCUCUCCCUCCCCCUUCUUUCCCCCCUCCUCCUCCUCCUCUCCACCCCCCUCUCAGCUCAAACAGUCUACCUAAUCCGCCACGGCGAAAAGCCAUCCGACGGCGGCGUUGGCCUCAGCACCAUGGGACUCGAACGCGCACAAUGUCUUCGCUCUGUUUUUGGCUCUGCUAGUUCACAUGAUAUUGGAUAUAUUAUGGCGCAGACGCCUAAGAGUAACGGCAAACGCGCACGCCCCCUCGAAACCGUCCAACCACUCGCCACCGACCUCAACCUAACCGUCGAUAUUUCCUGCGACAGAGACGAUGCAGACUGUGUUGCGGAUGUUGUGCAAGGAUAUGAAGGGACAGGAAAUAUAUUGAUUUGUUGGGAACAUGAUGGGCUCACUGAGAUUGUGGAGGCUUUGGGGGAUGGGGAGGCGCCGGAUUAUGAUGGGGAUGAGUUCAAUGUCAUCUGGACGGACCCAAAACCAUAUACUGCGAUUACAGAGAUGACUUCGGAGGAUUGUCCGGGACUAGAUAGUAAUUAG